AUAUGACGUUGAAUGUGGUGACGUGUCGCUGUUGACAGUGGCGUGUACUGCCGUGCUACUGACAGAAAUGGCUGUUGAUAUAACUUUACUGUUCAAAGCCAGUGUCAAAACGGUAAAAACCCGAAAUAAAGCUAUCGGAGUAGGGUUUGAUUUGCCGAAAGAUGAAAUCUUCAAGAAGAGCAGACCCAAACAUGGAUUUUCUCUCAAGGCGAAGGAAGUGAUCUCCAACAUCACCAAGCUGAAAGACUUCCUGCUGCAGCACAGGAAGGACUAUGUGAAUGCUGGAAGUCUCAUCUCGGCAGACCUAACCCGGAUGACAGACAAUGAGCGAGACCAGAUCGACCAGGAUGCCCAGAUCUUCAUGAGAACCUGCUCUGAGGCCAUCAAGCAGCUCCGCUCUGAAGCUGAGAAGCAGGUCAUACCGACACAGAUCAGAGAGCACAGGGGGGCGGUCCUCGACCUCAUCGAGAAAUAUUUGAGAGGAGUAUGCAAGCUUUACUCCGAGCAGAGGGCUAUACGAGUGAAGAGAGUGGUGGACAAGAAGAGACUGUCCAGACUAGAGCCAGAGCACCACCACAGUAGGGAGGCGGUAGAGAGAAGCUCACCGGCAAAGCAGCACAGCGAGGAGAAAACGGCUAAGGAGGAGAGCAGCAGCAGCGGCAGCGGUGAGCGGAGCGUGACGGAGGUGCCGGAGAACAACGUGAGCCUGUGGGAGGAGGGCCAGGGCCGUGUGGAGGACGAGCUCUCGCCUGAGGAGAUGCAGAUGUUUGAACAAGAGAACCAGAGGCUGGUGAGUGAGAUGAGCAACCUAGUAGAUGAAGUUAGGCAAAUCGAGGGCAAGGUCGUCGAGAUCUCACGACUCCAGGAGAUCUUUGCGGAGAAGGUGCUAAUGCAAGAAACUGAUAUCGACAGUAUCCAUCAGCUAGUUGUGGGAGCCACUGAAAACGUUAAAGAGGGAAACGAGGACAUCCGAGAGGCCAUCAAAAACAAUGCUGGAUUCCGUGUCUGGAUCCUCUUCUUCCUUGUCAUGUGCUCCUUCUCUCUGCUCUUCCUGGAUUGGUACGACAGCUAACCCCCUAAACCUGGCAGAACCAGGAAGUGACAUCAGCCCGGGCCUAGCCCUAAGUGUUUAUCACAUUGAAGUAUAUGGUUGGAUGGACAGUGUUGGGUCUAGGACCAGCUUUUCCUAACCCCCCCCCCCACAGAAAACUGACCCCAGACCAGUGCUUUGAUGACGACUUCACUACAUGUCAACCGUACUCGAGCCACUAGAAGUCAGUGUAAACGCAUGUUACUAGGUAACUCUUCCUGUUCAGCAAAGCACGCUAUUGGCUGAAUGCAAAGUGCUGUCAUCCACCUGCACUGUGUAUAUAUGGGCAGUCGGUAUCGCAUACAUACUGACCACUAUGCUUGUUAUUGCAUCAACAGCAACUGUCCUCUGCUGUCUUUCUCAAAGGAAGUAAGUGGUUUCUGAACUAUUAGUCUGUCUAUAUCUGUAUUGAGAUCUUGAUAUUGUGUACUUUGUUGAGAUGAAGCAAAUGUUUUUUUAAACCCUUGUGGUCUUUCAUAUGUAUUUAUUUCAAUGGUAUGUACACAUUUAGAAGAUAUUAGAUAAUUAAGCAAUAAGGCCAGAUGGGGUGUGGGAUAUCGCCAAUAUACCACGGCUAAUGGCUGUUCUUACCCACGACACGCAACGCGGAGUGCCUGGAUACAGCCCUUAGCUGUGGUAUAAAUUUUUGUCAUACCACAGCUUUCAGCCAAUCAGCAUUCAGGGCUCGAACCACCCGGUUAAUAAUUACUAAUAUACCAUGAGUUAAGGCUAAGCUCUUGCAGAUGGGAUAUUUUCAAGAAUAGUUAUUGAGUUACAACGAGCAUGUAAGCCUUUUGUUUGUGUGAAGAUAGUGGUUAUGAUCAAUCAAUGGGAGUAUUUAUGUGUUGUUAUAACUCCACUUUGCACUUACACUGCUUGUGUAAAAACCUGGUCCUAACACCAAUAAAAUGAAGCAUUGCUUGUGAAUGACA